CGAUUAUCAUUCGCGAUCGGGAACCCUUCAACGUAUUUUGCGAACUUCUGUUCGCACAUAACCCUGUUUGUCUGUAUUUUUUAAGAGCGAAUAUUGGGCAAUUGCCAAAGUAAAAAGUGUAUAAAAUGAGACGGCAUGUUCCAUUCGGCGCGACUUCUUAGCGUGCUGCUCAUUCUUUUGCCGCCGAUCGCGUUGUGCGAUGGCGCGGACUACAAACCUUACGAGAUCGACUGCAGUAACUUACGAAUGGGACAGUACCUCUGUCCUCAUCCCGAUUAUGAUUUCAUAGACCCGCAGACGCAGCAACCGCGCGGAUGCACCAAGGAGAAUAAGGCUAAAGUAUUGUGUUUAGCUGCAGAUGGCCUUAUAUGCACAGAAACAAAGAAUAAUACAUUCAAGAAGGAUAUACCUUGCAAGUGGACAAAUGGAUAUUCGUUUGAAACAUCAUUGUUGUUGUCAAUUUUCCUUGGAAUGUUUGGAGCGGAUCGAUUUUAUCUCGGAUAUCCUGCUCUAGGCUUACUCAAAUUGAGCACAUUGGGAUUUCUUUUCCUCGGCCAAUUCGCCGAUGUAAUAUUGAUAGCCACACAAGUUGUAGGACCAGCUGAUGGUUCGCACUAUGUGAUGCCAUAUUUUGGUGCCGGAAUUACCAUAAUAAGGAGCAACAAUUUUACGUACAAAGUGCCACAGUACGAUUGUUAAGAAAAAAAAUCAGCGAGCCAACGUAUGAAAACAGAGGACUCGAAAAAAAAAAAAAAGUAAAAGCAAUUGUAUAGCCUUUGUUUGUCUGUCGCGAGCAACGAUGUGCAAUCCUAGAUUUGUGAAUUCUGUUAAUAAAAAUUUAUAUAAAUAUUACUUGAGAUCUAAUCUCCGUAUUCUCUGUAUAUAAUAUAGAAUAACGUUAUUCUACACGUAUGGGGAGAAAAAUGGAAAAAAUGAAAGCGAAAAAAUCGAAAGAAUGAAAGAGAGAAAAAGAGAGAGAUAAGCUAAACAUUUAACUUCUAGAUAUACUUUUCAACAAAA